CUUCUUCUUCUUCUUCUUCUUCUUCUUCUUCUUCUCCAUUGAUACUUUCCCAAGCAAAGCUUCUUCAAUCUUCCUCAUUUUUGGAAAUCAAGUGAUUAUGCUUAGGAGAUGGAACCUAGUUAUGGAAUCACUCCGUCGCGUUCAUCGCACUGAUCUAGAAACCCUAGUUUCGUGUACUAUACUCAAUCGCACAAUUUGCACAGCUUCAGAACAGUUGAACCAUGGUGUUCUUGAUGAGAGCUAUGUUCUAUCUGAGUUAUCUUCAUUGCUUCCAAUUUCAUAUAAUAGAACCUCAGUGGCAAAGGAAGAAACAGUUUCGAGGAAUCAAGAAACAGCUAUUGAUUUGUUUUUGUCGCCUGAGGAACGAAUUAGAGGUGUGUUUCUUCAGAAAUUGAAAGGGAAAUUUGCAAUACAGAAGAGUUUGAGUAGUCUUGGGAUUGGUUUGAGUAUUGAGAUUGUCGCCGAUGUUGUUAAUCGAGGGAAUUUAAGCGGUGAAGCGAUGGUUUCGUUUUUCAAUUGGGCGAUUUGUGAGCCUGGUGUAUCUAAAGAUGUUGAUAGCUACUGUGUGAUAUUGAGAGCGUUAGGAAGGAGAAAGUUUUUCUCUUUUAUGAUGGAUGUUUUACGGGGAAUGUUGUGUGAAGGUGUUAAACCUGAUCUGAGGUGCUUGACCAUUGCUAUGGAUAGCUUUACUAAGGUUCAUUAUGUGCGUAGAGCUAUAGAGUUGUUUGAGGAAAGUGAAAGUUUUGGUGUGAAUUGUAAUACUGAGUCUUUCAAUGCUCUGUUGCGGUGUCUCUGCGAGCGUUCUCAUGUGACUGCUGCGAAAUCGGUGUUUAAUUCAAAGAAAGGUAAUAUACCUUUUGAUGGUUUGACUUAUAAUGUUAUGAUUAGUGGGUGGUCGAAGCUCGGUGAGAUUGAAGAGAUGGAAAAGGUUUUGAAGGAGAUGGUAGAGAGUGGAUUUGGUCCUGACUGUUUGUCUUACAGCCACCUUAUCGAAGGGUUGGGAAGAGCUGGUCGUAUCAAUGAUUCUGUUGAGAUCUUUGAUAAUAUAAAACACAAGGGUAGUGUUCCUGACGCAAAUGUUUACAACGCUAUGAUCUGUAAUUUCAUAUCUGCGCGAGAUUUUGAUGAAUCUGUGAUGUACUACCGAAGGAUGCUGGAUGAGGAAUGUGAACCUAACUUGGAAACCUAUUCCAAGCUUGUUUCUGGGCUCAUUAAAGGGCGUAAGGUUUCUGAUGCGCUUGAGAUAUUCGAAGAGAUGUUGUCAAGAGGCUUUCUUCCCACCACAGGGCUCGUUACCUCUUUCCUCAAGCCGCUUUGUAGCUAUGGUCCACCACACGCUGCAAUGGUUAUCUAUCAGAAAUCAAGAAAAGCUGGAUGUAAGAUAUCAGAAAGCGCAUAUAAGCUGUUGCUGAAGAGGCUAUCAAGAUUUGGAAAAUGUGGGAUGCUGUUGAACGUAUGGGACGAAAUGCAAGAGUGUGGAUAUCCUUCUGACGUGGAAGUAUACGAGUAUAUUGUGGAUGGGCUCUGUAUCAUUGGGCAUCUAGAUAAUGCUGUGCUUGUGAUGGAAGAAGCCAUGCGUAAAGGGUUUUGUCCAAACCGCUUUGUUUAUAGUAGGCUUAGCAGUAAAUUAAUGGCUUCAAACAAAACAGAAUUGGCUUAUAAGCUGUUUCUGAAGAUCAAAAAGGCUCGUGCUACAGAAAAUGCUCGCAGAUUCUGGCGAUCAAAUGGAUGGCACUUUUGAUCUUUAAUUUUUUGUUGUAUGUUCACGGGGAGACUAGAAUAUGACUCUAGUCUUCGUAGAAGUGAAAAUAUGAUGUACAUUAUCACAUAUUUAGUCAAUGAACUUGUAAUAGAGUACAUUUAGAGUUACAUUCAUUAGGGAUCGGUUUGCAUUCUUAUUUUAAUAAACCCCUUCUAGUGGAUGGCUUAAACCCAAAGGCAUACUUGUCUGUUUCUA